AUGGCAAAAUUUAAGGAAGGGGAUAUUAGAGCGGCCACUGAGCUCUUCCAGAGGGCAGUGAGUGUAACUCCAUCUAUGGCACAUCAACUAAUACAGAUUCUGAGAUCAGAGAAUAUUGAAUUUGUAGUGGCUCCAUAUGAGGCUGAUGCACAGCUAGCAUUCCUGUCCAAUCUCGAUGCAGAGAGGGGUGGAAUUGCUGCAGUGAUUACAGAGGAUAGUGAUCUUGUGGCAUAUGGUUGCCAAGCUGUUGUCUUUAAGAUGGACCAAUAUGGUAACGGUGAAGAGAUGGUACUGGAGAAUGUUUUUAAUCCAGUGGGCCGUACACCUUCCUUCCAAAAUUUUGAUCAGGAAUUAUUCACAGGUAUGUGUGUCUUGGCCGGCUGUGAUUUCCUUCCAUCAGUUCAUGGAAUUGGGAUUGCAAAAGCUUAUGCCUUGGUUUCAAAGUAUCGUAACUUAGAUCGUGCUCUAUCAGUUUUGAAAUCGCAGAAGGGCAAUCAAAUGCCUGAAGAUUACCCCAAAUGUUUCAAAGAAGCAGUUGCAGUUUUUCAGCAUGCUCAAAUAUUUGAUGCCGAAAAGAAAAAGGUCAAACAUAUGAAAGCCAUUCCAGAAAAGCUUGUGCAUUCUCUAGAUGGAGAACUCGAUUUCCUUGGACCAGAAAUGCCUCCAUCAGUAGCUACUGCAAUUGCUGAAGGAAACUUGGACCCCAUAAAUAUGAAGGCCUUUGAUCAUUUCCCAGCUUCUAGACAUCAUCAAGAACCUAUUAAGAGCCAAAAUAUUGGUCAAAUUCAGAGACCUGAGACUGCUCUGGUAUCUGCAGAAGAUAGCUGUUUUGUAAGCUUUCCCUCCCAUAAAAGCCGAGGGAAAGAUAGUACAGGGCCUACAGGCAAGCAGAAUCCUGUUUCAAAUGAAAAGAAGUAUUUGAAUGAAUCUGCAGCACUUGCAAAGCUAAUUGUGCCAUCGACAAAUAAUGAAACAGUGGAGACCACAAUAGCACCCAACACCAUCCCGUUGAAGGUUCGCCGCAACAAUCCUUUCAAGAAACGGAAAGAUGAUGUUCACUCAGAUCAAAUAGGGAGCAAAACUAAACAAGUUUCAAAUGCAGCUGAGGUGGAAAUUUCGGACACCUCGAAUGUCUCACCCAGUAACAUCAAACCUAAAGUUGUUAACAAUGUUCCUUCCAGAAAAAGGAAAAAUGAUAUUAUCUUAGAACAUGUAGAAAGCAUUGGCGAAGAGGUUUCAGUGGUGACAGAGAUAGAGUCUUCAGACAUUUUGUGUGUAACUCCAGAGUCUCAGGAAAGUGUAAACUCUAAACUUCCCAAGGCAAAAAGGAUGGUGAAAAAUGAGAAGUUGAAGAGAAGCAGCUUCAAGAGUUCAGGGAAUAAAAAUAGUAGUAUCUUGAAUUUCUUUUCUCGUGUAUGA